UGCGGUGUGAAAGAGGAAGCGCUUGACGGUAGACGGUAGCAGUGGAGAAACGCUGAGUAGAGAACCCAAAACACAUCCGCACUCACUCACUUGAAUGGUAUUUUGUUUCCUGUCAUCGAACGAUGUCAGUAGUCGCCGAGGAUCUUCCAGACAUGGAUGGAGCAGACCUGUUAGGGCUGCUGUUCAACAAUGGAGAGGACGGGUCCACUGAGCCUCUCUUUCCUGAUGGGAACGGGCUCAUCGAAUCCUGGCUGUCUGAAGAAGAUAUGCUGACAGGUAUGGAUACAGAGGACUUUCUGUCCAGCUUGUUAGAGGGAGAAGACAACAUGGAGGCUCUCUGUCCCUCUCAUUCUCCCUCGGCCAGCGACAGCGGUAUUUCGGAUGACAGCAGCUCUGGGGUUGGAAACAACAACAUUCUUGAAUGCUCGAGUCCACAGAGCAGUGAUAGUGAGAUUGUGCCCAGUCCCAGCUACUCCCAGCCCAGCCCGGUGUACUCCGACCCGGCCCCUGGAGUGCUGCAGACAGAGAGCCUGGAGGCCUUAAUGGUCCAGGCGGAUCACAGCUACUCUCUGCUGCAGAGCGGCGGCAGGGACAUGGAUGUCCUGCAGAGUGUGAGGGCAGAGAAGCCAGAUACAGAUGUCUUCAUUGAUCUGGACGACUUGGUGAGUGAGGCAAUAGAGGAGGACAACAUCACUAGCGAGCUGCCCUACACUUUGGCCAUAGAGGACUCAACACAGGACUCGACUGAACCCAAUCAAUCAGACCAGUUCCAGUUCAAAGAGAUUGUGCUCACUGAGGAGGAGAAGCGGCUUCUGUCGAAAGAGGGAGCAACUAUUCCCACACACAUGCCUCUCACAAAGGCGGAGGAGAGGACAUUGAAGAGGGUCCGUAGGAAGAUCCGCAACAAGCAAUCCGCUCAGGAGAGCCGCAAGAAGAAGAAGGUGUAUGUUGAUGGACUGGAAAACAGGGUUGCCAUCUGUACUGCACACAAUCUGGAGCUACAGAAGAAAGUCCAGAUGCUUCAGAAACAAAACAUUUCUUUGAUAGAGCAACUAAGGAAACUUCAGUCUAUUGUGAAGAUGUCGACUAUGAAAGCCAGCACAACCAGCACUUGUGUUAUGGUGUUCCUGCUCUCAUUCUGUCUCAUCAUCUUCCCGUCAGUCAAUCCAUUUGGCGGGAACAAAGAACAGAAGGAACUCUAUACACCCACCUCCAUCAUCUCCCGGGCCUUGCGCUCAGUGCCAGACAGCACAAACGCCAUAUCCUACCCGGAGCCUGAUGAGAAGGAUGUUCUCUUAGUGCCCCAAGCAGAGGUGGAGAACGUUAAAGCCAUCUUCGCCGGCGGUCAGAAGAAUCACACCCCAGACUACCAGAGGGUGGAGCAACCUGACUCGGAAACAGGAGUCAACAGCAACUCUUCGGCAGACUUCUCCAGUCCCACUCAGGCUGCAGAGAUGACAUCGGGGCCGGCAAGUGGAGUCGGGACCUUACAGGAAGGAUCCAUUGAUGCUACAGUUGCAUCUGCUGUGGCGUACGAGGUCACAGGAUCCAAAGAUAACUGGAUAGACCGGAACCCCCCGUCUGUCAUAUUACAGCAGCACCGCUCAGAUGAGAUGUAGUAGGGAGAUGUUGCUCAAUAUAGCCAGCAGAGGGAGCCAUAUUCUUAAUGUUAUAGGUGGCGGAUGGAAGAGGAAGAGGAAGGGAAUAUAUUAGUAAUUAUAAGGAUGAUCAUUUGGCCUGUCCCUACUUUUCCGCUCUAAAAGCCCUCUCAUGUACUGCUGUUACUUGUUGCACUUUGUUUUAAUUUCUUUGUUCCAGUGGGUAACCAGAACUGGAGAGAGCUGUCCAUAUUCCAGUAAUCAAAAGUAGAAACUGCCUUAACAAAACGAUAUUGUACACCUUGAUGUACAAAGUGGUGCUGAUGACUAAAAUGUGUAAAUUUGUCUGCACCACCAGGAAAUUGUAUCAUGCACUGGCCCAAAUUGUAGGCAGAGCUAUGUUUUCUCUGGUCUGUCUGAUCACCUCCAGCAGAUAUAAAUGUAAGCUGCUCAUGAAAUACUCUUCCAAAGUAAAUUAUUGUGAAAAUGAGUAGCCCAACGGUCCAAACUAGCCAGAAACAUCCAUCGCAUAGUAGAAGAUAGGCUGCCUGACUCUCAUAAAGCUUGAUCAAAGUGAUUGACCACCAUAAUGCUUAAGCCAUUGCAGGACAUUUGGCCAUUUAGAAGACUUGUAAAGUUUGUUAGUAUUUCCCUUGUAACAAGGGUAUCCAUGCACCGUUUUUAAUUUUGCAAUGCUUUGUUUUUACGUUGUACAGUAAAGCAAGAAAAAAAAAAUGUCUACGAAAUGUAGAAUAAGACACUGAACCCUUGACUUUGUCAUUGUUAGCCAAUCCCGUCCACCCCUGCGGUCUCCUCUUUUUGCAAAGUCAUGGGACAGUUCUUACUUUUUAUAAAUGUGUCUGAAAUAUCUUAGCACCUGUGUGCACAGAAUAACGGGGAUUGAUAUAUUUGCUCAGUAAUCCGUGAUGCAGUAAAAUAUACUCAAAAAUGUAAUGACCUGUUUUGUCAGUGAGGCAUUUUUAUUAUUUUUUGUGUUUUAUAUGAUGUUACUGUCAGUAUGGAAUCUAAAUGGUAUUGGAACAGUUUUUUGUUAUAAUCGUGAAUGAUGAACAGCAAAUGUUAAUCGUGUUAAGCAAAUGCACUGACAUUUGACAUAGUCUGAGAAGGGAAUGUAAAUACGCUUAAAUGAUUGUAGCUCUUCUGUACAUUUGAACUCUUCAUGUAUAAGACAUGUCUGGAUCUCUAUAAUAAUAAUAAUAAACUUUUUAAACUCUU